AGGGUUUAGACUAUAAUCGGUGAUUACAAAUGCGUGGACAAUUAAAGAAAUUAAAACCUGAAACCAAAUGAGAAACUCAAUGAUCUGUAGUCAAAAUCUCUCCUCCUUCAUACACAAUUUUUUGUUGAAUGAAUCCACCCUACAAUGUCUGGUUCGGACCGGUUUGGUUUUAAUCAUUGCGUUAAACUUGUGCUGUCUUCCUAAUUCUCGGGGACGUUCUCAAGCGCGUGAGCUAAAGCGCGUGUGCCUACGCCUGAUCUCGCGUCACUGCGGCUCACCAUUGCUUCUAGGGUUUCUCUGCAGUUCUCGAUCAACCAAGAACCCUAAUCCCUCUCCGUUUCAUCCACUCACCUUCGGCUUCCUAAGCCUUGAAUCACGUUGCAGCUUCCAAAGGACCCUAGAUUCGUGUCCCCGCAUAACUUGUCGGAAUGGCUUCUGGUCCAUUACCGGGUGUCGGAGCUUCAAAGGCGAAGCAUAAAUGGAGCGCCAGCGGAAACAAGAACCAGAACCGGUCGAAGCCCACGACGGCGGCGAGACAGCAACGGCCGGUUGCACCUGUUUCUCCGACGAAUUCGAUUGCGUUGGAGGAUGAUCAUCACAUGUUGAAGAUAAGUUUGAAUUCGAUUUCUGGCCUCGAGGUUAGGAACUUGAAGAGAAGAUUGAAGGCUGAGCUAGAUGAAGUUCGGAGCUUGAUCAAGCGGUUCGAGCCUUGUGGUAAUGUCGCUGGAGGUUUCGGGGACUUGCCCAGAGCUGAUGCAAUGGAAAGCGAGAAGAAGAUGAAGACAGGUAGCGAAGGUAAGAAGGGUGGGUUUGGUACGGACAGAGGUACGGUUCAGAUUUUCAAGAACUGCAACAAUUUGCUUACGAAAUUGAUGAAGCAUAAGUUUGGGUGGGUUUUCAACGCACCAGUAGAUGUGGAAGGGCUUGGAUUGCAUGAUUAUCACACCAUUGUUAAAAAGCCUAUGGAUUUGGGUACUGUGAAGAAUAGGUUGAGCAAAAACUGGUACAAGUCGCCAUUGGAGUUGGCUGAGGAUGUCAGACUUACUUUUAACAAUGCGGUGUUGUAUAACCCGAAAGGGCAUGAGGUGCAUCACAUGGCCGAGCAUUUGUCGAAAAUGUUUGAAGAGAAGUGGGCGUCCAUUGAAUUGCAGUAUGAUAGUCUAAAUAAUAGGAGGCAUAAACCUGCUACUGAUGUCGAGUUCUCUGCCCCUAUUAUGGAUCCAUUACCUCAUCAGACUCCUUCCCCGUCUCCUCCUCGGGUUGUCGAGAAUAGGACUUUGGAGAGAUCGCCAGUGGAACCCGAAACAGUGACUAUGGUCUCCGAGAAGCGAGGAGAAGACGAAGCUCCUGGUAAGAAGAGGGACCUGACAUUUGAAGAGAAAAGGAGACUGAGUGAAGGCCUUCAGGACUUACCUUUCGACAAACUGGAGACUGUUGUUCAGAUUAUAAAGAAGAGGAAUCCUCAACUCUCUCAGCAAGAUGAUGAGAUUGAGCUCGAUAUCGACAGUGUUGAUCUCGAAACACUUUGGGAGCUUCAUAGAUUCGUGACUGAGUAUAAGGAGAGCUUGGGCAAGAAAAUGGAGGAUCGUGGAUUUGGUUCAGAAAGAGACGCCGAAUCUUUUCACAAUAUUAACCUAGAACAGGGCACCCUAGAAACAGUCACCGGGAUGACAUCAAGAGUUACUGAAUCAGCAGGCAGAGAAGCAGCACCAACUACUAGAUCUGAAAACAAUAUCAGUGGAUCGAGUAGUUCGAACAGUUCUAGGAGCGACUCAGGCUCUUGUUCCAGUGAUUCCGACAGUGACAGCUCCUCCGGACAUGGAACUGAUAUAGGUCGGGCACUGAUCUAUCAACGAGCCCAAUACUAGUCAGUGGACGGCGAGAAUCUGACCUCGAAGUUCGGGUACGAGUUUCUGUCUGUGAUU